GAUCAAAUCAGGGUGAUUGGUUAAGGAAUAUGGCGCUGCUGGUGAGAGUCCUUAGGAAUCAGACAAAUAUUACCCAAAGGAUUCCAAUAUGCAGCAGAUUGGCACCUGUGUCUCCUACCCAAGGACAAUGGGACAGGACUCUGUCUGGCACUUCCCAGUGGCCCCAGAUGAGCCAAUCCCAAGCCUGUGAGGGAUCAGAACAGAUUCCUGGAAUAGACAUACAGCCGAGUAGGAAAUAUCACACCACAAAUAAGCUUCCUACUACCAAGGAUUCACUACAGCCUGUUGAGGAGAAGGUUGGUGCCCUCACAAAGAUAAUAGAAGCCAUGGGAUUCACAGGACCUUUGAAAUACAGUAAAUGGAAGAUUAAGAUUGCCACCCUGCGCAUGUAUACUAGCUGUGUGGAGAAAACUGACUUCGAGGAAUUCUUUCUAAGGUGUCAGAUGCCCGAUACAUUCAAUUCGUGGUUUCUUAUAACGCUACUUCAUGUUUGGAUGUGUCUAGUCCGAAUGAAGCAGGAAGGCCGGAGUGGGAAAUACAUGUGUCGUAUCAUAGUUCAUUUUAUGUGGGAGGACGUUGAGCAGCGUGGCAGAGUCAUGGGGAUUAAUUCCUAUAUCCUGAAGAAGAACAUGAUCCUCAUGACAAAUAAUUUCUAUGCAGCUAUUUUGGGAUAUGAUGAGGGGAUCCUUUCAGAUGAUCAUGGGCUGGCUGCUGCCCUCUGGAGAACCUUCUUCAAUCAGAAAUGUGAAGACCCUCGGCAAAUCAGGGUGAUUGGGGUGUCUAUCACCAUAGGCAUUUAUAUCAUUACUAUUAGGAACAUGUCAGUUUUUUUUCUUCCAGUUAUUUUGAAAUACAGAAUAAAUUAUUAA